AUGAACUUUCUGCUAAUCAGUCUCCUGCUCAUUUCCAUCCUUGGAGUCAGCCCGAGCAAGAUAGCAAGAUGUGGUCAUAGUCUUUCACAAUGUAGAAAAAACUGCGAGAAUCAGAUUCUCAAGAAUUGCCGCCACAUAAACUCACGUCACUGCACAUUCAAAUAUCGGGAAAAAUGCCGUCGGAGAUGCACCGGCGGUGCUAGAUGCUAA